AUGGAGAACUCAGAGGCAGGAACGAGCACUGAUGAUACGUUGGGAGGAGAGUACCAGGUGUUCUUGAGUUUUAGAGGGCUUGAUACUCGUCGUGGAUUCACUAACAGCCUCUAUCAUGCCUUGGUAGAUGCCGGGAUUCGUGUUUUCAUCGAUGACGAAGAGCUUCGAGCGGGUGAAAGAAUUAGUGACAAACUUCUGCAAGCGAUCGACUUGUGCAAGCUCUACAUACCCAUUUUCUCCAAAAAUUAUGCUUCAAGUCCCUGGUGCCUCCGCGAACUUGCGAAGAUGGUGGAGAACACCUCUAAAUCUAAAGAAGAUAGGAAGAAGGUCAUAUUGCCCAUCUUCUAUGAUGUGAAACCCGAUGACGUAAAGCUGAAAACCACGUUGUAUAGAAAUGCCAUAUUGAAUUUGAAGCAGAAGAUUGAGGAUCAGAAGAAGAAAUUUAGAUCCAAGGAUGUAGAGACAUGGCAGCAAGCUCUUAAAGAAGUUGAUGGCACCAGGGGAUGGGAGCUAGAGAAAUAUUUAGGCCAUGGGGAUCUUAUCAAGUCGGUUGUUAAGGAGGUGGUGAUCAGGCUCAUGACAAGACAAAGACAAGUGACCAAAGAUUUAGUUGGAAUGGAGGAUCGAAUAGCAGCCAUAAACAAUUUAUUAGACAUCCACUCUGGUGGUGUGCUGCUCAUUGGAAUCUACGGUAUGGGUGGUAUUGGUAAAACAACACUCGCCAAAAUUAUCUUCAAUCAACUAUGUCCUCGCUUUGGAAAAAACUGCAGCUUUAUUGAAGAUGUGAGGGAAACAGCAAAAGCCAAGGGCUCGUUGGUCAAGUUGCAAAGAAAAUUAUUGUCCGAUAUAUCCACCUCUGGAGUAGCUCCUAACAUUGAUAACAUGGAUCAGGGGAUCACUAUGAUUGGACAAACAAUUUGCAACAAGAAGAUGCUAAUUGUGUUGGAUGAUGUCGAGGACAAGCAAAUCCAAAAACUAAUUGAAGUGAACUCUUUGUAUUCUGGUACAAGGAUACUUAUUACCACUAGGGACAAAAACGUUCUAAAAAUCAGGGGAUUUAAGUGUAAAAUCUUACAUUAUGAAAUGGAGGGGUUGAGCAAAAUAGAUGCACUCCAGCUUUUUAGUAGGCAUGCCUUUCAUGACAGCUCUCCUCCUACUAAUUAUUACACUCUUUCCAAAGGCAUUGUCUCAACUACGGGUGGACUACCUUUAGCUCUUGAAGCUAUAGGUUCAUUGCUAUUUGGUCAAAAAGAGGAAACAAUAUGGGAAGAGACACUUGAGAAGCUAAGGGAAACACCUCAUAGGGAUGUGUUAGAAAAGCUAAGGAUUAGCUAUAAUGCCUUGGAGCCGGAUCAACAACACAUAUUUCUCGAUAUUGGAUGCUUUUUCAUCGGUUGGAAGAAGACUAAUCUGAUCUACCAAUGGAAAAGUUGUGGGUUUAAGGCAGAGUAUGCUAUUCAUGUCCUUAUUAACAGAGAUCUUGGAAGGGCAAUUGCUAUACAAGAGCGUACCAGGUUGUGGGAUGGAGAUGAAAUAAUUUGCGCAUUAAGGUCAAUAGAGAUUAAGGAAAGCGUUCAAGCACUCUGUUUGCAAACGUCCUCCAACGAUCCUACAACUAUCACGGCGGAGCAACUUAGACGAUUCCCACAUCUCAAGUUUCUUUGGUUAAGUAACGUAGUUUGGGAAGGUAGCUUCAUGGGCUAUCUUGCCAAGUUGAAAGAGAUCAUUAGGGUCGAUAUAGGUUAUUCACCAUCCAAUUUGGCUCUGGAAAACGUGGUUCUGGUGAAUAUUCAUUUCUCUAACCUCGACGAAGAUGAGAUCAAUUACCUAAUCAAGGGGGCAACAAAAUUGAAGGUUCUCAAUCUUCAACAUAAUUACUCCAUACGUGGGACACCAACCUUUGACAAAUACUUAGUUUUAGAGAAGUUGACUAUUUGUCAUUGUCCAUCUUUGAAGAAAAUUGACUGCUCUAUUGGGAAUUUGAGGUGGUUGACUGACUUGAGUAUCGAGUCAUGUUUGAAACUUGAAAAAUUACCUGAACAAAUUGGAGAGCUACAGAAUCUUCGACACUUCUCUCUUAGUAAAUGUGAUAACUUGAGUGAGCUCCCCGACUCAAUUUCAAAAUUAGAGUUAUUGACGAAGCUGGAUAUAUCAUGCAAGCGAUUUACAAGAUUACCAAAUUCCAUUGGUAGAUUACAGAGCCUGUCAUCUUCCAAUGUAUCAUAUACACCAAUUGUGGAAAUGCCCAGUACAAUGAGCAAAAUGCUUCACCUCCAAACACUGAACUUGGAGCAUGGUCAUAGUAUAAAAGAGUGGCCCGAGUUUCCUAGAAGUUUUACCACUCUACGGCUGAUAUCUAAAGCGUUGCUGACUGUCCCUAACCUCUCAAACCUUACUAAUCUAGUUGAAUUGUUUCUAUCUGAUGACAGUGCCAAUUGGUUGCACAAUUCAAAUGUACUUCAAAUUGGUGACUUAAGGUGGAUUAGGAGGUUAUCUAAACUAAACAAGCUGCACUUUUGCUUAUUUAAUAUCCGUGCACCGACUACAGAGUUGGGUUCCCUUUCUCUGAUGAAAGAUCUUACUCUAUUUGGACUGGAUUUCCGAACCCUCAAACAACUACCAUCAAACUUGAUAGUUUUAAAGCUUUACCACGCUCAAGUGAAACAUGUACAUUUCGGCGGGCCUCCUCCACUGGAAAAGUUGAGAGAAAACGAGGUGUACAAGCAACUUGAUGUUCCAUUUCUCGAUAUCUCAUAUGCCCCGAGCAGGAGUUUUCUGCCGAAGGACUUGAGGUAUAAUGAGGUACGACCUCCGGAGUUGAUUGAAUCUUGGAGGGGAAAGUUCCCUUUCCUAAGCUCCCUGAAGAUGCUUCGAGAAUUCCAUAUGGGGAGGUGCCGGAAGGUAGAAGUUAUCGAUUUUAUUUCUCCGUUGGAAUCAUUGGAAGUAUUUACUGUUGAAGGCUGCGGUUCAUUACGAAGGAUAAAAGGUUUGUCAAACUUGAAGAAUUUGAAGAGGUUACAUAUCGACUCCUGUUGGAGGCUGCUGAGUAUGGAGGGCAUUCACGAAUUAGAGUUUUUGCGGCUGUUGAGAGUUCAUGGGAAUAUAUACUCUAAAGAAAUUUUUGAUGCAUCGAGCUCAAAAAUACCGAAUGAAUGCCAGAUCGACAUAACAUCUGAUGAUAUUUUCAGCCGCAGAUGUGGUACUUAUCACGGCAAUUGGGAGUCUUUUAGAGAGAAGAUUCGGAAUGAUAAAGAGGAAAUCCGGCUACGAAACCAGCGAUUCUGA